CCCUAAUAACGCUUCCACGUGCUCCUAGAAAGGUAGAAAAUUGUAAAGAGAAACGUCAAUAAUGUCAACGAAACUUGACAAUUUUGACAAAUUACUUUUUUGUUGAAGGGUCUAGUUCAGAAUGAGACGAUAAGAAAAAGAUGUCACUAAAACGUUCUGGGUACCCCGACCCGAGCUACAUGCUAAAUUUAUGGUGUUCUUGUUCUAUGACCACGAUAUUUUCAUGCUAGAUAUAUGUUUAUAUCCUGUUUUUAUAUUUAUUCCCAGCUGUAACCCUCUUGGCAGAACUUUUGUUUAUGAAAUUCAAAUUUCCUCCAAGUUUUCGCAUUGCAGUAUUUUGGCUCUGUCUGCGGUUUGUUAUGUAGUUAUUUGGAAUAAGGAUUGUAUUUUAGAAGGAUCAGUAUGGGUGUCACAAUUUUGACGCAGUUUCCAACGGAGAAUAGGACGGGCCCGCAAACCAUCGAUGUGUUGUCCAAAAGAAUUUCAGCCCUAGGGGCUUCGCAACAAGGCCAAUUUCUCGUAGACUGUGAAACCUACACUUCUGCUCCCCAACUUGGACACCAGAGGAUUGUACACGUUUUGCACAACUCGGAACAACCAGCUACAGUAUUUUCAAUCCUGGAAUCUGGGACAAAAACUAUUCCCUUGGCCACUGAUGGUUUAUUUGAUCUUCUGAUGAUGAAAAUGUCCAGCUUCUACACUUCCAAGAAGCAGACCAAAGCAGAAUCGAAAGGACCACGCUUUGAAAUCGGUGAUUUCUGUGUUAAACUGGGAACAGUUACCAUAAGCAGCAAUUUUAAGGGUAUUCUAGUGGAAGUGGAGUAUAGACCUUGUGUUGUGCCUGUUAUGUGUUGGGACCUUAUGAAAGAAUUUUUACAGGGAUUUUUAGGCUUGUCUGGACCAACAAAUCCACCAGCUUAUUUGCAAAAUCGAAUGCAAGAAAUUUAUUCACCUUUAGAUACAGUUCAUCAGUAUUUAGAACACUUCACUAUGUUUAGAAAAAUGCCUGGAGGGGUUGGAAUGAGACCUUAAUUAUUUGUAGUUUUAUUAAUAAAAGGUUAUAAAACAUUA